AAAUACGAAUGUUGAGUUUAUAUUUUAAAAAGUCAAUGAAUGAAUGAUUUAGCAUAUAUAAUACAGAACUUUCUAAAGAAAUUGCCUGCAGUUGUGAAGAAAGUAGUAAUUAUUAGUGGAAAAUGGGUGACACUCCGCCAAACGAUGAAUCUGAUCCGCAACAAUCGAACAAAUGGAGUUGGUUUAUUGACGAAUGUACAAAUGAUUUAGAACGGCGAAGAGAUGUAUAUUCAUUUGGAGAAACAGUUAAAUGCAAAGAAUUAUGCGGCAUAGAAACAAUCAUUAUUGACAAAAACGAGAGUCAAUAUGAAAAUUUUGCCAAUAUUUGCUUGUUCCUUCCUCGUCCGUUACCCGAUGAUUUGGGUCCAUUGGAUAAUUAUGUUUCAAAAGUGCGAACAAUGUUAUUGGAAAGAAAAGCCAUUCCAGAAGGCAAUUGGAUCGGAUUUGAUGCUGGACCAUUUCCACUCCCUUUCUACCCUUGGUCCUAUUCAUCUGAACUCCCGGAUCUUGAGAGAAGAACCUUUGACUUAAGAACAAGAAUACAAGAAGAAAAUGAACGAAUCGAAAGGCCCAACCGCCAUUUUGAGAGAAGACUAAACAAUUAUUUUAGUGGAACCGGUAUAGAACCAGCAUUAACACUUGCCAUUGCCUCUUACCUAUCGAAUUUCUGCUUACCUAACUUGGACGUUUUUCAUCUAUACACAGCACUUUUAUUCUCUGGCGAUAUUUUAAAAACAUUUGAAAAGAGUUUUUCACAAGCCAACAAAGCAAUUAAAGAUGAAAUAAUAAAUCAUCUAAAGGAUGUGAUAGCUAGAAAAGAAACUUUAUUGUUACUUCAUCCGUUUGAAUCACAGGCACUAGAAUUGAUUCAAUCUCGAACUAUGGAAGAAAUAUUUCUCUAUGUAUAUCAGUAUGGAAACUACACUGAUCUUCGGUGUUUCAUUGAUGAAGAACUAGCAUCAGGUCCCCAUUUUUUUUUUAAAUUCAUGUGGAAAGGAAUUCCUUUCAACAAACUGUUUUUAGGAUUUUUGAAGUUAAAACCGGCUGAUCUAUCGAGUUUCACAUGUGAUCUAGUACUAAAUAAAGAACCAACCUGUCGCAUUCCAACAAGUUAUUUUUCCGAAUUACAUAUGCAUGGAAUUCCAUCUUAUAAACAACCCGAAUUUUUCAAGGAACAUUGGCCUAUUCGUCGUGGUUACAGAUUUGAUAGCUCAUUAAUAGAAGGUAAGGUUCUGUCAUUCAAGUCUUCACUUGCUCCACCAAACCGGGAGUUAAGUUGGGAAGAGGAAAUAUUAUUAACAUGUAGUACUCCAAAGAAUUUAAAAUUAAAAUUGAUCGAAGAUUGGGAUGAAUAUCUCGAGUUUGAACAAAUAAACUCGACUCAAGAACCAAAUGAAACUUCAAUUCAGCAUAUACCACAUGAAGGAAUGGGGUUAUGGGAAAAUUGUGUUUCAGAAACAACAAAAAACACAGAAAAAUUAGAAUCAUUAGAGGAAACAAUUGAUAUCACUAAACAAAUUUCUGUAAAUAGAAGUAGUACAAGUACGGAUCUUUUUUGUUACACUAGCGUCCCGUUAGAUGCCAAAUCAAAACUAAGACAGUCAUCGACACUUUCAAAUGCUUCAAAUGGAAUGCUAGAUGAAAUAGAAAUAUGGCGUGAUAUUGAAGAUUUAGUAAUAGCUUUGGAAGGAUUGGCAGAUCUAGAAGACAGUGAUUUCCUUAUAGAUGAAAUUUACUCUGGAGAUAUUUUUGAAGAAGAAGAAGAAGAAGAACAAGAACAAGAAGAACAAGAACAAGAACAAGAACAAGAAGGAGAAGAAGAAGAAGAAGAAGAAGAUUUACAAGCCGAACAACGAGAGAUCUUGCUAGAUUGGACGGAAGAUAAUUUAAUGAUUGUUGAGGAAAUACGAUCGGAACUUUCAUCGUGGAAUCCAUAUUGGAAACUCAGACCUUUCUGCGUGAAAUCCAGCGAAAAAAAUAGUACAACAUACGAAGAAGAUGAAAAUUCCGAAGAGUUUUCCGAUAACAUAGAAUUUAUUGAGCCAGCUCUUCCUGAAAUCCAACCGAAACAUUUUCUCAAGCAAAGAGGAUGGAGUAAUGAAUGUAAAGAGCCACCUUAUUGGUUACGAACGAUAUGGAAAAAAAUUAUGUGGAUCAACUGGCGAGGAAAAAACAGAUUAUGGAUAAUCGAUACGUUAAACAAAAUAGAAUAUUUAAUUCUAAGAAAAAACAUUAUGGAAGACAUAUCUCUCGAAAUUAAGAAAUACAACCUAUAUGAAGUGAGUGAUGAUUCUGACCAAGAUCUCGAAACCAGCUCAAAUUCUUCAUUGAUUUCAGAAAAUAAUUCUUCGUCAGAGAACUUAGAAAUCCCAUCAACAUUUGAAUCCCUAGAACUUCUGGAACCAUCGACGCCGUCAACGGAAUAUGGUUCAUCCUUCAGCUCCGUAUCAUUAACUGAUUGUAAAUAUAUUGAAUCAGCAUUUCGGGCCCAAUCCCCCUGGGAAUUUCAUUCUACUGAACCAUUAUCACUCCAUCUUGAGAAAUCAGUUACAUUUUUCGAAAUGUGUGCCAGAGUAUUAAGGCAAAAAGAAGAAAUAUUACAACAUGCCAUAGAAAUGGAAGCGUUAUCUGUAGCUCCGCCUAAACUAUAUUUAAGUCGACAAAUUCAAAGAUCUGUUAGGUUAUUCCUAAAUUUAGAAAUGAAUAUUUCAAACCGCCUUUCUGAAGAGCCCUCAUCUUCCUUUAUAUCUUUAGUCUCACACAAAUCUACACGUAGUAGAUUAACAGGUGGACUUUUCCGAGGUUCUACAAAGAGGUCCUAUAUUUCCAAAAACUAUAAAGACUUAGGUGAUUGGCUUCAUAAUUUGGAAGCGCAAAUUCAUCAGUCAAACGUACAAACUCACACCCGUUUGCUAGCAUAUUUAAGAAACCUUGAUAAUUUUAAAAGACUGAUACUUAACAAAUUUCUAAGUGAAGUAUCUUCCUUAGGAGAUAUCACUGAUAGUUUUCGAUGGAAGCUCUCAAUAAAGCGUCCGAUACGAUGUCAGAGGGUGUUGAUCAAUCUUUGUUGUCGCCUAGGACCGAUUAGAAACACGACAUUUUUAUGUGACUUAUUAGUACAAUCAGAAUCUCUCAGGAUACUGAUAAUGUCAAAACUUACCGCACGCAAAAUGCGUCAUCAAAUCUCAGUUAGAACAACGAGUUCAGCAUUAGCAUAUAAUGACAGUUCUGAUUCAGAAAUAUAUAGUGUAGUUGAAGAAAUAUUGUUCCACGAGGAUGAUAUAAUAAAAAAAUGGCCAAGAAAGAAAGAGUGGCCAUCAAAAGAGGAUAAUGAAGAAAAUCUGCAAAGGCAUUGGCUUGAUAAGAAGCUAUUUGAAACCUGGAAAAUCGGUUAUUCACCUCAAAAUAUGGCUAAAAGACUAUUAGUGCUGUGGGGUUUAAGGAAUCUAAGACAAAAGAAGAUAACGGCAAGACACCACAGAGCAGACAAACAUAACUUAUUGCAGUAAUAUAUUUCUUCGAAAGUCACAAAAUUAAAAUAAAUGUAUUUAAAAUAUUGUUCCUUGCAGAUUUUCUCUUGAAUUUAAAUUAAAUUAAAACUAUAAUUGGGUUUUAUGAAAUAACAAAAUAGUUUUAUUUAAAAAAAAAAAAAGUAUAUGCAGUUUUAAAUAAAAGGAUGGAAAUUUACUUUCUUUUACGCUCUACAAAAGGUGUCUUUUUUUCGUAAUUAGAUAAUUUCACAAUGUUGAAAUACUUAAAACUGUGCUGUAAUUGUCAA